GCGUGAAAUUCCAAAGCUUACUUGUUUCCAAGUGUCGAUUCUUGCGGCAUCUUGGUAGAAAUGUUGAUGUUUAUUUAAUCUACAGAACACUCCAAUCGGGAAAAAACCCAGACAGAACCAGGAUGAAAAGAGUAUUCAGUUUGAGUAACAAGACCUUUGGUAGCCAAGGAACAAUCACAUACAGUUGGCAAAAAGCCUUGGGGAACUACUUGGCAACUACAGGAGCUGACCACAUUGUCAGAAUUUAUGACAGACAUGGGGAGAUGAAGGAGGAAAUUAGCUUACCAGGAAUGUGCACUGGUAUGGGCUGGGACAGAGAUGGAGAUACACUGGCAGUCAUCAAUGACAAGAAUGGAGUUGUCACCCUUUGGGAUGCUAACACCAUGAGAACCAGCCAACUGGAUAGUGGGCUAAGAGAUCAGAUGACCUUUCUCUUGUGGGCCAAGGCUGGUCCUUAUCUAGCAAUUGGAACCUUCAAAGGAAACCUUAUGAUCUAUAAUCAUCAAACAUCAAGGAAGGUGCCGAUCCUGGGGAAGCACACGCGGCGGAUCACCAGUGGGUCGUGGAGUAAUGAGAAUCUGCUGGCCCUGGCCAGUGAUGACAACACCAUCUCCAUCAGUAAUGUAGAGGGCGACACAAUUCGACAGAUCUCCGUCAGGGCCAACCCACAGAAUGUCCAGUUCUCCGAGAUGAAGGGCGACGAGCGCAGUCAGAUGGGAGAGAAUACGGUUAGUGUUGUCAUUGGGAAAAAGACUCUGUUUCUGUACAACUUGAAUGAUCCAGAGAAUCCCAUUGAACUGGCGUUCCAGCAGAGAUACGGCAACAUCAUCUCCUACAAAUGGUAUGGGGAUGGAUACAUCAUGAUCGGAUUUUCCCAUGGUUACUUUGUCGUUAUAUCCACACAUAUGAAAGAAAUAGGACAGGAACUGUUCCAAGCCCGGAACCAUAAAGACAAUCUGACCUGUAUCGCCAUCUCUACGUCUCUCAACAAGGCCGCAUCCUGUGGAGACAACUGCAUCAAGAUCCAUGACCUUUCUGACCUGAAAGAGAUGUUUGCCAUUAUCAACAUGGAGGAUGAGCGUGGCCUUGACGUUUUGAACUGGUCUGAUGACGGACAGCUACUGGCAGUGUCCACACAGAAGGGGAACCUCCAUGUGUACCUGACGCGCCUCCCCAUGCUGGCCUCGGCCCACCAGACCCGCAUAGCCCACCUGACCUCUCUUCUGGAGGUCACCAUAGAGGACAAUGUUCAGCAGGACCAGCCAUUGACCAUUCCCAUUGAUGUGGAGCCCACAUUUAUAGGAAUCGGACCGUUCCACCUGGCCUGUAGAAUGAACAACAGGGCCUGGUUCUAUCUGCUGGGAGAUGCAGGGAUAGAGAGGUUAAAGGACAGGGAAUACCUAGGGACGGUUAACCACAUUUGUCUGAAUGCCGACUACGCCGCUGUGGGCUUUGAGGGAAAAGUUCAGCUUCAUAUGAUUGAGGGAGAGACGGCGGGAACGACGGAUGAGCGUGAGACUCGUUUGUUUCCUGACUCCAGUCAAGACGACUUCCGAAUAACCUGUCAUGAUCUCACCAAUGACUUCCUUAUCUAUGGAUCUGAUAACGGUGGAAUUACAUACUUCUAUGUGGAAGACUGGAAUUUUGUGAAUGAGUUCCGUCAUGUUGUGGUAUCGUGGUUACUGAUCAUAUUAGAAAAACUAACUUUGAACGUGUUUUUCAAAUCAUGCAUUCAAAUUCUAAAUAUAUUGAGCAUCUCCACUCCAAAGAGGACGGUGGCUCUAAAUAGCCACAGUCCAUUGCUACGGUCCUGGCCGGAAGAGUCUCACGGGGACCCUAGCGGAUAAGGAACGGUAACUCUGUUAGGUAUUCCUCUAUUAGAUUGUGUUACAGGCAAUGUUUUACCAGUGUGUGGAUUUCAAUUUGAGACUGAAAUAAUUUACAUCUUCUCAGAUAGUUAAAUCAUUAUAAAUAUUAAAAAAAUAUAUGUGAAUAAAGCUUACAGCGUACGCAGUUAAGUACGCAGAACUGCUUAAACGAUGUGGAUGUGGGAGAAUUAGGAAAUUGUAUAUGAAUAGAAUAUUAUUCUUUGUUUUAUUUGACAAAAGAUAGCAAUGCGAAUGUCAACAGAUUGCGCAUAUACCGAAAGUCGGCGAUCUUGGAGUUUGAAGGAAAAGUGAAAUAAGGUUUUAUAAAUAAUAUCUAUUAAAUUAUGAUUAUGUGAUUGACCUGUGUGCAUAUAUUAAGAAUUGGUGUUUGAUUUAUUUAGCAUGCAUAUCAAAAUCUUUUAAAUCCACAAAGCAUUGAAGAAUGAGAAUGAAAAUAAAUUAUAAGUUGGUUUGCAUGUUUUUUUUAUUGUUCACGUUUCUUGUAUAACAUAUUUUACUAUCAUUUUUUUGUUCAUACAUGUACAUGUAGUUUGUUUUGAUAGAUUAAGUAAUAUUUUUUGUACUUUGCUAUGCUGAUUAGUGUUCAGUAUUUACUUUUGUGAAUAAAUGUUUUCACCUUAAAUAUUUUAGCAUUUUUGCAAUUACUAAUGUUAAACGAAAGAUUUUGUUUAAUAUUAAAUACUUAGUACCUUUUCCUGUUGAUAUUUUUAAGU